AUGUUUGGCUUCUUUUUUUUGCUUGAACUUGCGUGGCAGUGUACUCCUGGAAAGGAGGUUGCUUGGAAUAUGUUGUCGUUGUUCACCGCGUCAUGUAUGUUGUAUUUAAAGAGAAGCUUCAUGGAUUUAUUACUUAACAAUGGCUACAUGAAUGACAUGGAAACUCUGGUGCAUACUUCCACUGUUUUGGAAAUUGUUGUUUAUGUGGACAUCCUUCUUAAGGUGACACUUGCUUUUGUUUAUAAAUACAUAUUGCUUUCGUUCAACAAACUAACAAGGGGGCACCCUCACAAUGAAAAAGUUUGGAUAGCUUUUGCAGAGUUCCAAGAUAAGGUUGCAAUAUUUGACACACGAAUUUUUAGAACCAUAACCGUGAAGUUAUUUGGAAAAAGCGGUUUUUGA